AUGGCGAGCGACAAAACCACCUUCAGCCAGUUUGCCUGCAUUGGCACUGGUUUUUCAGGCAUAGCCCUGGGAUGCACCCUCAAGCGGUGGUAUGGCAUCACCGAUGUUCGCUUCUUUGAGAGGCACAGUGAUCUAGGCGGCACCUGGUUCAUCAACCAGUAUCCAGGGUGUGCCUGCGAUGUCCCGAGCCUUCUCUACAGCUUCUCCUUUGCCCCGAACCCCGAGUGGUCCAAAGUGCUGCCCUCCAACGAUGAGAUUUGGCGUUACCUCGACAAAGUCUGCCGCCAAUAUGGGCUCCGUGACAAGAUGACCUUCAACUCCACCGUUGAAAGAUGCGAAUGGGUCGAACAAACGGCCCGUUGGCGCAUCACUGUUCGGGACACAACAUCCAACACCACCUUCACCCACGAAUGCCGCUUCCUGUACAGCGGGGCAGGCAUCCUAGUCCAUCCCCGAAAGGCAGAUCUACCAAAUAUCGAAAGCUUCAACGGCCCCGUCUUCCACGCCUCCCAGUGGCGCCACGAUGUCGAUCUGACGGACAAGAAUGUCGUUGUUGUAGGCAACGGCUGUUCAGCUUCGCAGAUCGUCCCGGCCAUCAAGGAUCAGGUGAAGCACGUCACGCAAUUCGCUAGGUCCAAGCACUGGAUCGUUCCAGACGUCAAAGUUCCCAACACGAAGCUGUUCCAGUGGCUGUUUAUGCAUAUUCCGGGAGUUCUCGCCUUUGGCCGCUUUGCCGUCUUUUGCUUCAUGGAGAAUAGUAUGAGGGCGUUCUAUAUGACGAGGGCUGCUACCACCUAUCGCCGUAAUGUAACAGCCCAGGCAGAGCGAUACAUCAAGGAGAACGCCCCUGAAAAGUAUCAUGAUAAGCUGAUUCCCGACUUUGAACUCGGCUGCAAGAGGCGCGUCUUCGACCCAGGGUAUCUGGCGAGCCUGCACUCCGAUAAUGUCACGCUUCGGGACGAUCCCAUACAGGAGGUGACGCCCAACGGCAUCCGCUCAAAGAAUGGGUUCACUGAGGCGGACAUUAUUGUACUGGCCACUGGCUUUGAGACAAAUACGUUCUGCACAGGCAUCGACAUUGUUGGCCGGGGAGGCGUGACGGCGGAGGAGCACUGGAAGUCUCUGGGCGGGCCUGGAGCAUAUAACUCGACUAAUAUUGCAGGCUUCCCCAAUUUCUUCCUCUUGUUAGGCCCGAACACAGCCACGGGCCACACGUCGACCGUCAUGGCCAUCGAAAACGGCGUCAACUACUCCCUCCGGCUUAUUGAGCCCAUCCUGCAGGGCAAGGCUACGGCUGUCGACGUCAAGCUCGACGCGGAGAAGGCAUAUACGAGCCAGAUCCAGACAGCUCUCAAGGAUACGGUGUGGCUUUCCGGGUGCAACAACUGGUAUAACCGGGUUCAGGAUGGAGUAGUGCGCAACGCCAUGGCCUAUCCUUUUACGCAAUCCUACUUUUGGUAUCGGUGCCUGUUUCCCGUUUACGAUGACUUCGAAUACGACGUAAGUUGGUCCUUAUCUCCCCUGUGUGUCUUAUACUGCUCAUUCGUGAUGACUGAUUCGCCAACACAACACUCUAGGUCGCGAAGAACCCGCCGCGCAGAGCGGCUUGGAGAAGAGCCCUCAAGUACCUCGUCUAUGCUGCGGCAUCUCUAUCGAGUCUUAGUUGGAUGA